CUCUCUCUCCGGAUUCUCCCUCACAAGUCACGACUGACUCUCUCUCUUAAAAGAGUGAGCAAGAGACCCAUUCAUUCUCUUCCAAUAUAACAUUUCUUUUUAACGUCCCAUAUUCUCUCUCUCUCUCUCUCUCUCUUCCCCCCAAACGCUCCCCUUCUCAACAAAGAAAGCGUAAACGACGUACCAAAUUACCCAUAGACCAGAAAUCCAAAGUAACACACCAAAUCUUCCCUUUCCCGAGGAAAAAUCCGAAACAGAAGGAUAUAUACAACCCACAAUUGGAUCAACAAUUCUAUUGAAUCCAGUAAGAGGCUGUUGAAUUUCAUGUUCUAAUAAGAGGGUUGAAAAUCGAUGGAUUCGGCAACCGGAGCCGGAGCGCCCGACCCGAACGAGGGCGAGGGUCCCUCAUCGACCGCUCCAGGCGGCGGAGAAUCGGCGGAGGCCGGGUCAACUGCGGCGGCGGCGCCGCCGAGCCGGUACGAGUCGCAAAAGCGACGAGACUGGAACACGUUCUUGCAGUACCUGAAGAACCACAAGCCGCCGCUGACGCUGGCUCGGUGCAGCGGCGCGCACGUGAUCGAGUUCCUCAAGUACCUCGACCAGUUCGGCAAGACGAAGGUGCACGCGACGGGCUGCCCGCACUUCGGGCAACCGAACCCGCCCGCCCCGUGCGCGUGCCCGAUGAAGCAGGCGUGGGGGAGCCUCGACGCGCUCAUUGGGCGGCUGCGAGCCGCGUACGAGGAGAACGGGGGGCAGCCUGAGUCGAACCCGUUCGGGGCGAGGGCGGUUAGGAUUUACUUGAGGGAAGUUCGCGAAGGUCAGGCCAAGGCUAGAGGGAUACCGUACGAGAAGAAGAAGCGGAAAAGAGCAACGGCGGCGGCGGAAAAUGUGUCGGUGGGCGGUAGUAGUAGCGGUGGUGGUGGUGAAGGGAGUAGUGGUGGUGGUUCUGAUGUGGCGGCUACUGUUGAUCCUUCAAGUAACAAGUAAAACAGUAUAGUUUUCACUUCUCUUGAAUUAAUGAUUUCCACUGUUUAUUUCUAUUUUUUUAUCGGCGAAAAUCAUUAUUGUUAUAAUAGUUAGAUUAGUAUUUUAAAAAAAGAGUUUCGAAAGUUUUGACAAGAGCAUAUCGAUCCUUGCUUAAUUAGCCCGGUGGCAAGCACGUGUAGUGUCAUGUCUUACCCAGCCCCGGCAACAUGUAAUUGUCUAGCCAUGCCAUGACGUGUACCGUCAUGUCUUUUCUAGCCCGGUAACAAGCACAUGUCAUUCCAUACCUUGCCUACAAGACGUGUGCUAGCAUGAGGCAUCAAAGCCAAACACUGAAAGCACGAGUAGUAGCUUCCCUUGAAUUGUCCGACGGCAAGCAAUCGACUUGAACUCUUAACCGCCUUUCUCCGGCACAUAAGUGAACUCUUCAUGCCGUUGAGCUAAAGGCUUCUUAGCUUAUUUCCGUUUCGUUUUUCACUAGAAGAAUAUCGUUUCAAAUUGUGAUUACAAAUUAAGAGUCAUUAUAUCGUAGUAGUAGUACUACUUGUAAUUGGAUAGUCCAAUGAGCGAAAUCUAGUUAGAAUUCUCUCUCUCUCUCUCUCUCUCUCUGAAUUGUAGAACAGGAUUGUUCCAUUGUCUCCCAUGUGAACAGAUUUGAGCUAUUUUCGAGUCAUUGUAGAAAGAAA